AAAACAUCCAAAAACCAUCCGAAAGCAAUUGACAGCAAUAAAGUUCUCUCUCUCUCCCCGAAACCCACAAAAAAGAUUUAAAAUUUUGAGCUCACCAAAAAGCCAGAAAACCCGUUUAAGCAUAUCAAAAGCAGCGUAAGAAAAAAGAAAACCAGAGAGAGAGAGAACAGGGAGCCAGUAAUGGCAGUUUCUAUCUCCAUUCUGGCCGUCAUCACAUCUCUUCACCUAAUCGCCUUCGUCCUCGCCAUCGGCGCUGAACGACGUCGCAGCACGGCCAAAGUGGUACCGGACGAGUACGAUGAGCGCACCUACUGCGUAUACGGUUCCGACGCAUCGACGGCGUAUGGGCUGGCGGCGUUUGGGUUGUUGCUGAUAAGCCAGACGGUGGUUAACGGUGUUACUAAGUGUCUCUGUUUUGGUAAAGGGCUUAUGGGUGGGAGGUCUAGUACUUGUGCUGUCUUCUUCUUCAUCUUCUCAUGGGUUAGCUUUUUGGGCGCAGAGGUGUGCUUAUUGGCAGGGUCUGCAAGGAAUGCUUACCACACUAAAUACCGAGGAGUCUUUGGUGGAGAUGACUUGUCAUGUGCCACUCUCCGCAAGGGUGUGUUUGCCGCAGGGGCUGCCUUGUCAUUGUUAUCUAUGGUGGGCUCAAUUGUUUAUUAUUGGACCCAUUCCAAGGCUGAUACAGGUGGUUGGGAAAAGCACCACAAUGAAGGACUUGGUAUGGCCACUUCUAAUUUUACUGAGAAUCAGGAGCAACAAAGAGCUAGUGAGUUUGAAAAAGUAUAACUGUGGUUUGAUCAGACUACUAGACAGUUUGGGGGUCCUAAGUCGAGGUAAGGAUGGACAGAUAUGGAAGAGUCCUUGUUGAAAUAUAUCUAUAAACAUAAUUUUGGAGAAGAAAAUAUAGAGUUAUGCUUGUUUACAGUCAUUCCUGUACCCUGACAUUUUGUCUUUUCUGUACCUUGUUUUAUAGUGGUUACCUCUUAAUUUACUGUUUGUGCUGUUAGUUUGUCAACUUUCUGGCUUUUGAUAUUGUGAUUCACUUUUGAUGUGCUUCUGCUAUUUUGUUCAAUAUUGGUGUCAUCCUGUGCGGAUGUCACUCUUCGAUGUAAAUAUUGUUACCCUACCUUGGCUUGAUUCUUAAAGUGAAUGCCCUUUGUAGGUGAUUG